AUGGAAGGUGAAAUCUCUAAAACGCCAUACAACACUAUCUAUGCGCCGUUGAAGAACAAAAACAAAGAAGUGGUUUGUUGUGAGCAUGGGAAAACGUGCGGAAAGGGAAAAGAUGAGAAUCAAUACGUGAAUUUAUGCCAAUCUCCUCCGAAAGAAUCAACAGUUGCAUCGAAACUCGUUGAGAAGUUGAAUAAAUUGGCUGAUAAAUCUGAAAUAAUCAGUCUGAAAAGUAUCAUGGAAAAGGAGAAAUCAACGAAAAAGGGGAAGAAUGAAAGGAAAAAGAAAGCAGUAAUUGAUGACAGUCAAUCGUAUGUCAUGCUUGGACCAGCGAGUGGAGAACAGAAUUCUCAAGCGUCUCCAGCUCAACCUCCUUCUGCAAGUGAGAUUUCGAUUAUAGACCGAUCGGAUAGUCGUCGCAAAAGCGGCGAAGCCUCAUCUGCCUACAUUGGUGUCCUGACUCUCGCAGAAGCUGAGAAUCGUCUGACGAAUCGUGGUGAAUUCGCCCUCUACCAUCUCUCCCACCCUGCCGGACGCCUCGAUACUCUCUAUGAAUCCCUCCCACUCAUGCUCAUCUACCGUACUACCACCAAGAAAAAUCGUCACUAUUCGAUUCGUGUGUCGUCGGAAAACCAAUAUUUCGUUGAUUGUGGAUAUCCGAAUGUUCGAAAACACUACUCGUUGAAUCAGUUGAUUAUGUACUAUAAGAUCUCUGCCACGUGUGAAAUCAACCCAGAUGACACUUCUGCUGACUCGUUUUCCUGGUGGCUCGAGUAG